GUUCCCCCCGUGGGCCGGGGGUCAUGUCCGAAAGCUCGGGUCGACCGGAUUGAUGUCGACAUUUCACAAAGAUAUGGCAAGGAAGUCGCUCUACCCUGGCUGACCUUGAAGACUAUCAAGGCGGUCGAGAUCAUUGGUAGGAAGUGAUCACGAUUCUGUGUAAUCCUCAGCUUCAAAGACGGGUCAUAGCGCGAAAAGAGCCCGGCUCCGAGCUCGUCAGGCAUCAUGGGCAAGACUAUCGUCAUCAAGCUCGGUACAUCCUCGAUCAUCACCUCGACAUUCCCCUACACCCCUCAGCUCUCCCUCCUCUCCUCCCUUAUCGACCUGAUCAAUGUCUUACGAUCGCCUCCGCACAACCACCGGGUCGUUCUCGUCUCCUCUGGUGCUAUUGGCGUUGGACUUCGAAGGAUGGAGCUGAAGGAUAGGGGGAAAGGGUUGCAGAGGAAACAAGCUCUGGCGGCUAUCGGGCAAGGAAGGUUGAUUGCCAUGUGGGACAACUUGUUCGGGAUGGUUGGAACGCCUAUCGCGCAGAUCUUGUUGACGAGGCAGGAUAUCAGCGAUAGACAACGAUACCUCAACGCUCAAAACACCUUCACCGAGCUACUGUCCAUGGGCGUCAUCCCGAUCGUCAACGAGAACGAUACCGUCUCUGUGCAGGAGAUCAAAUUCGGCGACAACGAUACCUUGAGCGCGAUCACGGCCAACAUGGUGCAUGCAGACUAUCUGUUCUUGUUGACGGAUGUGGAUUGCUUGUACACGGACAACCCGAGGAAGAACCCGGAUGCCCAGCCAGUGAGAGUGGUAGACGAUGUGUACAAGAUUAGGGAACAAGUCUCGACAAAAUCCCUCGGCACGGCCCUGGGCACAGGGGGCAUGGAAACCAAGCUCAUCGCUGCUGACCUGGCUACAGCAGCGGGAGUGACAACGAUCGUCAUGUCGUCCGCCAACAUCAAAACGAUUCCGGACAUCUUGCGCUAUGAUCAUGAGAAGAAGGACGACUUAGUUCCGAUAUGUACGAGGUUUUUGGGGAAGGAUAGGAGGAUGAACGACCGAAAAUGGUGGAUCGCACAUGGUCUGCGGGCAGCGGGCUCGGUAAUCAUCGACGAAGGAGCCUAUCGAGCUGUCCAACGGAAAGAAUCAGGCAGUCGCCUCUUACCUGCUGGUGUCGUCCGGGUUGAGGGGGUUUUCGCUUCGCAUCAAGCUGUGAAUCUGGUCGUCCGGAGACGAGUUCGCGAACGAACAAUCUCGCAAGACUCACGCGGGACUGCGAAAAGCCGGGAACAUGCCGAGGUCUCGGGAGCGACCACGCCAGUAUCUUAUGACAACGCGGGAAGCCGACUGGACUCGCCAAACUCCAACAACCACUUUACGGCGCCGGGAACGCCAAACCUCUACCCCGUGCUAUCUCUUUCCUCUUCCAUUGCCAGCUUGGACGCCCUCAGCUCGAACGGCCGGUCUAGCGUGCCUCAAAGCCCAGCAACGCUGGUCAAACAGGUCAUGGCCGAGAUGAACCAGGGAAGCGGGACGGACGGACCUUCAGAGUCGACAAUAGCAUUCCGACAGCUCGACGACGAUGAACAAGAAGCAUGGGAAGAGGUGGCCAUAGGAAAGGGUUUAGCACUGUACAACUCUGUCGAAAUUGAUAGACUGCGGGGGGUGAAGAGUGUCGACAUAGCUUCGGUUCUGGGUUACAGCGAAUCGGCUUACGUGGUAGAUUCGGUCAUCGUAUUCGGCGCAAAAUAGCUGUCUCAGUGGGCGUGUGUCAUAUAUCCUCUCCAUCGAGCAUGAAUGCUACAACGAUCUUGCUUAAGAUCUCGAACGGGCUUUUUAACGUCGCAAACUUUCUCGCCGGACGGACAUGCACCGUUAUAGCGCUGUCGGACGUACACAAUGAAGGUCUUACUUUGCGAUCCGGGCGCGCGGAAAAUUGCCUUUAAGGUUCGAGAUGAGGUCGAAAGAAGUCAACGCGUAUCAGCAUUGUAAAACACUGUUCAAAGGGUGCCCGAAGACCGAUCGAGAAGGGGAAGCAGUUCGUCCAAAGGCCCGUUGGUAGAGCAGACGACUUUUACGACUCCUGAGUCAUCGUCAGGUCCCGGGUCGAGCCCAGGUGACAACUUGAUGAAGGUCA